AUGCCAACUUCAUCUUCGUUUUUGAGGCAGCUAAGUGUAAAACAAGGCUGGAAAUCUAAAUCCUGUAGGUGGGAAAUGAGCAACAAUGACAACAACGUUGUUGGAGGGGGAAAAUGUAGAAUGGAACAAGGUCGUGUUAACAUGUAUGGCAAUGGUCAUGAUGAUGAUGAUGGGUUGGUUUUAAGGAAGAGGGUGAUGGUUGUGGUGGACCAAAGUUCACAUUCUAAGCAUGCAAUGAUGUGGGCACUUACACAUGUUGUUAACAAGGGUGAUUUGGUUACUCUACUCCAUGUUAUCUCCCCAAUCCCAAAGUGUUCACACUCUUCUUUCCUUUUGCUUAUUCACGUGGAAAACCGAAAUGAAAUCCAGGUAGAAGUGGAAACAGUGGCAAUCCAAGGGCCAAAGCUGGCGAUAGUGAUGAGCCAAGUGAAGAAGCUUGGAGUGUCUGUGUUGGUACUUGGUCAAAAAAGGCAAUCUCCUUUCUUAACCUGUCUGUGUGGGAAAAGCGAGAAUGAAGAGUUUGUUGAGCAAUGUAUCAAAAAUAUAGAUCGAAAUUGCUUAACUAUUGGGGUUAGGAAGCAGAGCAAUGGCGUCAGCGGCUACCUUAUUAGCACUAGAUGGCUUAACAACUUCUGGCUCUUGGCUUAA